AAUUAAUUUGAUUGAAGAAAAUGGUGGCUUGGGACCAGCGCGUGCGCAGAAUCAAAUAAUUUACUACAGACUUUAUUCAGAACAAGAGAGUGACGUAAACAACCAACUAUCAAGACAGGAGCUUUUCUGUUUCGUUAUCGUGUAGGUGAGUUAGGCGAGUUUGGAUUUGCUUCUGACAACAUCGUUUUGGCGACUAGUUUUAAAGUCAUUGAACAAGGAAGAUGUUUGGAUUCCAUAAGCCAAAGAUGUACCGGAGCAUAGAUGGGUGUUGUAUCUGCAGAGCCAAGUCCUCAAGCUCUCGCUUUACUGACAGUAAGCGCUAUGAAAAGGACUUCCACAGUUGUUUUGGGCUGCAUGAAAAUCGUUCUGGAGAAAUCUGUAAUGCUUGUGUACUACUUGUGAAGAGAUGGAAGAAGCUACCGGUGGGAUCUAAAAAGAACUGGAAUCAUGUGGUAGAUGCAAGAGGUGGACCAAGUUUAAAAACUGCCGUAAAGACAAAGAAAAUGAACCCUCUGACCAGAAGAAUACGGCCAAGCCAGAUCAGCAAACUCAAGAAGGGAUUCAAACGACAGAAUUCUGAUGCCCACAGUACCACAUCAAGUGCCUCCCCAGCUCAGUCCCCCAGCUACAGCAAUCACUCCGACGAGGGAUCCGACACAGAGCUGGGCUCAGGCUCCGGCAGGACGCCUGUCUUCUCCUUCCUUGACCUCACAUACUGGAAAAGACAGAAAGUGUGUUGCGGGAUAAUCUACAAGGGCCGCUUUGGUGAGGUCCUUAUUGAUCCCCAUCUCUUCAAACCCUGUUGCAGCAAUAAAAAGGAGGUAGCAGAAACCCAGGAUACACAAGGCCUGCCGUCGCCAUCGAUCACAAAAGAGGAGGAUGAAGAGUGGUGACCCACCAAACCAACAGUACCUGAAUCGGGUGGAAUUCUGAAAAAGCCUUGGGUGGCUUGAGCAGAUCAAACACUAUUCUUUCAGUAUGCCCCCCCCCCCACCAGCACCCCCUGAGAAUUCCGUUUUUUUAGCCGGAAGGACUGCACUGGGACUCAAUGCUGACGUGUGGUUUGCAGACUGCUAUAUAUACAUACACUGACUUAAGUAAUUCAAAUACAGUACAGGUAUUUGUUUCCUAUUACACAGGCCUGUAAGCUUAUCAGUCAGGUUUCAGGUAAUCAAUAUAACCUGCAUUUUCCCACUCUUUAAUGUGUUGGAAACCAUUUGUCAGUUUUGAAUAACAUUUCUUGACCUGGUGGUCUCAGCAUUUCUAAUACUAUAUAAUCCUCAGGUGGUUUUGCAGGCUUUUGGCAACAGAAAAUAAAAAGGUCCAGGCCAGACCUGCAGUGGUUGCAUUUGUUUGGCCGGUCGGCUUUAAUAUGUGAUUUUGUAUCAUGAUGGUAUUGACAGUGUAUUUACUUAUAUGUUGCGGUCAAAGAGAAUGAGUAUUGGUAAGGCCUUAUCACAUACUGGAAUCUUUCCAGACUAUAUUGACCUAUUGAUCUUGUAUAUAUGUACCAGAGUCAUAACUUCUAUUCUCUUUUUUUUCCCAGUUUAUUUAGUAUGCAUUUGUCUAAAUGAAUUUUUAAAAUAAGUGUGGUUGUGGUGUUUUAAUUAUGCUCUGACCACUGGUGUCUCAAUUUAGUAGCCAACAAGUGAAACAGGAUCCUAGUUUUCUUCAAUAAAAAAAAGUAACCAGAUCAUGUCACAUGCCAUCAUUAAUGGUUAAAACAUGUUGGCAGCUAUUUCAUUAUUCACCUUUUCUUUUAAUAUUAUUUCCUGUCACUAUUAAAUGCAGCUUCCCCCUAACAUGAAGACUAUUCUAAUUUCAGAUAAACGCUUAUGUUAGAAAACAGCAGUUCCAACAGUAAUAAUGAAAUGUUUAUUUUGUUUCCUUUUUAUUGUAAUGUGAUUGCAUUCCAUUCCAUAUGCUAGUGUUGUGUGGCAUUCUGUACAGCAGUACUGGGCAUGCACUCUGAUAUUGUUGGGGGGUGCUGCUGCAGUAAACUGGAUUUCUGUACAUUUAAUGAAAAUAUUGUAAUAAUGGGCCUCUUUUUAUUCCUGUUAUUUAUUAUUUUGUAUUUAUUUGUAGUUCAGCUUCAACCACUGACUGCUUGUGCUUGGCCUUUUUAUAGUGUGCUUUGUGGGCUUUGUGUUGGGAGAUUUAAUCUUGUAUGAAAUGAAUACAUUAAGCUAACGCUGUUAAAAGCAGAACGUUGUAUUUAUUUUGCACUUAUCCACCAGUUUGGGUACCUGUGUAACACCAAAACAAUAAUUUGGUCAGGGCUCCCAGUAACCCAACUUCCGGCAUGAAUUCUUGACUUCCUGGCAGCAGUUUUUAGUUGCAGUAUGAGCAUGUAUGUAGCUAUGCACACUGUAUUCAUGUAUUUAGAUAUCUAUUGAGACUGUUUUGUAUUUUUAUACAUAUUGUACUUUUCUACUUGUUCUAUAAUAAAGUAGACCGCUUUGUAAA